AUGCCAUUUGAAGAGAAGAGUAUGUUAAUACUCAUAGCAGUUGGAGAGUUUUCAGUGGGCAUCUUGGGAAAUGCAUUUAUUGGAUUGGUAAACUUCAUGGACUGGGUCAAGAACAGGAAGAUUGCCUCCAUUGACUUAAUCCUCAUGAGUCUGGCCAUAUCCAGGAUUUUUCUGUUGUGUGCAAUAUUACUAGACUGUUUUAUUUUGGUGGUGUAUCCAGGUAUCUAUGAUGAUAAUGAAAAAAUGAGGAUCAUUGACUUUUUCUGGACCCUAACCAACUAUUUAAGUGUCUCAUUUGCCACGUGUCUCAGUAUUUUCUAUUUCUUCAAGAUAGCAAAUUUCUCCCACCCCUUUUUCCUCUGGGUGAAGUACAGAAUCGACAAGGUGAUUCUCUGGACUCUACGUGUGUGCUUGGUGCUGUCCGUGUUUAUUAGCCUUCCGGUCACUGGGAAUUUGAAUGAUAAUUUCAGACCUUGCGUCAAAGGAAGAAAGAAAAUGAACUUCACCUGGAAGUGUGGAAUAAAUAAAGACCACUAUGCUUCAACUAAGGUAUUUCUCAACCUGGUAACGCUGUUCCCGUUUGCUGUGUCCCUGUUUUCAUUUCUCCUGUUGAUCCUCUCCCUGUGGAGACACACCAGAAAGAUGAAGCUGAGUGCGACAGGCCACAGAGACCCCAGCACAGAAGCCCACGUGAGAGCCAUGAAAUCAGUCAUCUCCUUCCUUCUCCUUUUUGUUGCUUACUAUUUGGCCUUUCUCAUAGCCACCUCCAGCUACUUUAUGCCAGAGACUGAAUUAGCUGUAAUUUUUGGUGAGUUGGUGGCUCUAAUUUACCCUUCGAGUCACUCAUUUAUCCUAAUUCUGGGGAACAAUAAAUUAAGACAAAGAGCUUUAAAAGUGCUAUGGAGAGUGAAGUGUAUUUUCAAAGGAAGAAAAAUUUAA